AUGGCGGAAGGAUACAGUGCUCCGUCCUCCGGGCCGCCUGGUGGCGGACGUGGCAGCAGUGAAGUUUUACUUACUGUUUCUGCUGAGAUGGAGAAGCUGCAGGAGGAGCCGCGACACCUGAGCAGGAGAGUGAAGGGCUGCAGCCUGGACGUCCACCCGACGGAGACGGCCCUGGUGGUCCAGUACGAGGUGGAGGCCACGCUGCUGGGGCAGCUGGGCCAGCCCGUGGUCGGGGAGCGCAAGGAGUGUCAGAAGAUCAUCCGGCUGAAGAGCCUGAGCUGCAGCACGGACGUGUCGUCUCUGGCCCAGAAGGUUGUGGACGAGUGUCGUCUGAUCCAGCCGUCCAAGCUCCGGGAGGUGGAGCAGCUGCUGUUCUACCUGCAGACCCGCCGGCAGCCCGACGGCCCCACUGCCGCCGCCGGCCCGGAGAAGAGACGCUCCUCCUCCCCGCGGGACUUCCCCCCCUACGCCGGGGUCCAGCUGGACGAGGAGGCGAGCAUCGGCAGCAUGGACGAGUACGUGGAGCUGCUGUACGAGGACGUCCAGGAGAAGGUCCGGGGAGCCAGGCUCAUCCUGCAGCUGGCCCUCAACCCCGACAACCUGGGGGAGCUGGUGCAGAACGAGACGACGCUGGGGGCUCUGGCCCGGGUCCUGAGGGAGGACUGGAAGCAGAGCGUGGACCUGGCCACCACCAUCACCCACAUCUUCUUCUGCUUCACCAGCUUCUCCCGGUUCCACGGCCUGGUGUCACAUUACAAGAUCGGAGCCCUCAGCAUGAACAUCGUGGAGCACGAGCUGAAGAGGUUCCACCUCUGGCAGGAGGAGCUGCAGAAGAAGAAGAAGGCCUGCGAGGAGCAGCCAGAGAACCCGGGCCUGAGGAGAGACCACGACAAAUCCUUCAGGAAGUUCCAGAGCCUGCUGAGCAAACAGGAGCAGCUGCUGAAAGUGGCUCUGCUGCUGCUGCUGAACCUGGCCGAGGACACCCGCACCGAGCUGAAGAUGAGGAACAAGAACAUCGUCCACAUGCUGGUCCAGAUCCUGGACCGGGAGGACCAGGACCUGCUGCUGGUCGCCGUCGCCUUCCUCAAGAAGCUGUCCGUCUUCAUGGAGAACAAGAACGACAUGGCGGAGGCGGAGGCGGUGGAGAAGCUGGCCCGCCUGGUUCCCUGCCAGCACCAGGAACUGCUCAACACCACCUUACGUCUGCUGCUCAACCUGUCCUUCGACUCCGGCCUGAGGGGAGAGAUGGUCCAGGCCGGCCUCGUCCCCCAACUGUCCCGCCUGCUGGCUGACGAGGCCCAGAGACAGACCUGCACGUUUCUCCUGUACCAGCUCAGCGUGGACGACCGGGCCAAGCCCGUGUUUGCAGACGGGAUACCGCAGCUGAUGAAGUUGGUGUUCGACUGCGAGGAGGAGAUGGAUGUGGAGCUUAUCUCACUCUGCAUAAACCUGGCGGCCAACAAGACCAACGCUCAGAUCAUCUGUGAAGGCAACGGUCUGAAGAUGCUGAUGAAGAGAUCCUUGGAGAUGAAGGAUGUUCUGGUGAUGAAGAUGAUCAGAAAUCUCUCCCAACACAGCGGACACACUAAGAACCUGUUCCUGGACCACGUCGGGGACUUGGCUGCUCAGAUCAGCGAGGACCAGCCUGAAGAGUUUGUGAUGGAGUGUUUGGGAACGCUGGCCAACCUGACCCUCCCCGACCUGGACUGGGCGCUGGUUCUGACCGAGUACGACCUGGUGCCGUACCUGAAGGACAAACUCACACCAGGUUCUGCUGAGGACGACCUGAUCCUGGAGGUGGUGAUCCUGAUCGGUACCGUGUCCUCGAACGACUCGUGUGCAGCGAUGUUGGCCAGAUCUGGGAUCAUUCCUGCUCUGAUCCAGCUCCUCAACGACCAACAGCAGGACGACGAGUUUGUCUGCCAGAUCGUCUACGUCUUCUACCAGAUGGUCUUCCACAAAGCCACGAGAGACGUCAUCGUCCAGGACAGCCAGGCUCCAGCGUACCUCAUCGACCUGAUGCACGACACCAACGCCGCCAUCCGCAAGGUCUGCAACGGGACCCUGGACAUCAUCGCUGAGCACCACCGGGACUGGGGCAAGAAGAUCAAGGCUGAGAAGUUCCGCUUGUACAACAGCCAGUGGCUGGAGAUGGUGGAAACCCGGCAGGAGGACGAGGACGGAGACGCCUUCGCCGGGACCGGGGACGUCCUGGAGCGGCCCUACCUGUUCUACAGCGCAGAUGGAAUCCUCUCCUCUGACGGCAGCAACAGCCCGGACUUCCACGCCGACUUCCAGAACCAAGACCUGGAGACGGGAUUCAUGAGCAGCUCGUUGGACCAGUUCGUCCCGCCGGAUCAGGUCCCGCCGGCCCGACCCGUCAGCGCCUUCGGCUUCCGGCCUGACGAACGUUUCUUCUACAACUAGAGCGCC